AUGGCAGCUAAAAUAGAGGUGAAUCAGCGGACUUCCAAGUUCUGGCGUGAUAAGAAUACUGGAACGCACCCGAAUGCAACAACGAAGAAUUUGCACAUGUACGUUAGCUGUCCUCCUAGGAAUGGUUGGGUAUUGAGCGUGAACACCAGCAAGGAGUCUUAA